UUGAUACAACUGAUGGGUUUAUAUAGCUGACUAACCAAACCUAUUUUGGUUUGACCUAGCUUCUAUACUUUUUAGUUUAUCUCAUAGUAUUAAUGUUAGUGGCAGGGUCUAUGGCUUAAAUUAUCAGUGACUUAAUAAUUGCCUGUCAUAUAAGCAAAUAAAAUAUAUACCUCCUUUUAAGUGGUUUAUUUCAGCUGAAACUGAUAAAGCCUCAAGACUAUGUAUCGUUCCCUGGAGCCUGUGGUUUGAGACUCCUGGCAGUCUCUGAGAAUUUGCCUACCUCCAACAAGCAUCUCCAGCAGUGGUCUGACUGUCCCAAGUACAGUAUCCAUUGGAAGCCAUCACUACGGUAUGGAUCCGGGCCACCACACUGCGUUCUUACUGGCCAUCCUCAUCUGCAUCCUCCUGCUGCUCCUUGCUGUGUCUGCCCUGCUUAUGUGCUACUGGAGGAGGACUGGAUUUAAAAUAAGAAAUAAAAAAACCUCUAUGAGACUUGGUAGACUGAGGAGAGAUCAAGCAACAUCCAUGAACAGCUUCACCUGGAACGUUACUGACCCAAAACAUCACAUUUAUAAUGACCUUGUAGAAUCUCAGGCAUUCUCCUUCCCAAUUACUGUGGACAGAAGUAGCCAUGGAAGCAAAGACCUGACUUCUAAUCUGUUUCUGGAUAGCCACAUAUUGAGUAUUAGUGAUAAUGAAGAAGGCUGUCAGACAUCCGAGCUGGUUAACAAGUCUGCAAGGAGGAAAAGUGAGAGCUCAGGACUGUACUCAGGGCUCCAGUGUAUGUUGUCCAAUGUGUUGGAGAAGCGUUCAAUAUUCAGCCUGAAGGCCAAAAGGCGCAGCUCUUCUUUGAAAAGUGGAGUGGAUUCAGAUAUGUUAAUGGUGCCUUUGGAGUCUCCAGUGCAUAUUUCCUCUAUGGCUGCUGGGCCUUUUCAAGCAGCAAGUUUGCCAAGAAACAUGAGUCGGUGCAGCACUCUACUAUGUGAGAAUUCCAGUGACCAGCAAUUUACGUGGGACACUGCUGGGUUGUCCAUUCUAAGCAGCCACGCGGCUCGUAGAGAGUCCUCUUCUGUGCCCUGUACUCUACAAAGGAAAUCUUGUGGUACUGAAGAAGACUCUAAAAAUGUGAUUGCUGUUCAGAAACCAGACUUCUUACAGCCAAAGGCCUGGUUUGUCUCCUUUGGAAACAGACCUAAAUCAGACGGAUCUCAACUUGAAGAUAAGGAACUUAACAAUGUAACCAGUUUAGACUCAGGAGUAGAUAUUAUAGAAGUACCAAGGAGAACCAGGUGUGGGGACACUUUACCAAAGCCAGUUCCUGCCGCUGAGAUUGAAAACCAUGUUCCCCUCAUUUUCAAACAACAUUUAGAUGAGAUUAAGAGCGAAAAUGAAUUACAAGAACAGACACCGGGAGAGGGCAAGGAACUGUAUAUAUCUCAUCAAGAGGCAGCAAGAAAGUUGAAUCCAGGACAUUAUGGUAGAAGUUUGUGGGAGAAAAGAGAAGAGCGGCCAUUAAUAGGAGUUAACUGAAUACAGUUUGUUGAACCGUGGCUUCUCUUUUUAACUGCAUAUUUUACAAUUAACAUUAGCAGCUACAGUGUUUGCGUGAUCUAUAAUAUAGGACUUCUUCUAAAUUGUCAUGCUUACCAACACACAUUUCUACUUCUAGUUUAAAAUAUUGAGGUCUUACUUCAAGGAUUUAUUUUUUAACAAUUUUUAUUUUUUAAUGUUGACUUCUCCCUAUAAGUGGACGCACUGAUUAUGAGUUUUAUUGAUCAUGGCAAAUGUAUAAGCAAACGUGUAUUUCUAGAUCACAACCUGCAAAUGGCAGAAAAGACAUCUGAUCACACCUAAAUUUGUUGUUUUGCUAUUUGAAAUGUUUUAUUUGUUUUACAAAUACAGAGUCUAGUAUGCUUAAUGUAUGUCUCUUUUUUUUUU